GGAAGUUCUUUAUAAUCGAACGUCUCAAAAUUCAUGCGUUAUCGAAACAUUUUCGAAGACAAAUGUAAAGUUUAUGGUGAUAGUAAAAAUGAACGGUUCAUAUGGUGCAAGUCAUAUUCUUUUUAAACGAUUAUAACAACGAUUUCAAACGACGAGGGAAAUGUUCAACUUUGACCCCUGUCGAAUUGAAUGAGUUUUCUGUAAAAUGGCAGCAUCCAUGCCUUCUGCGGUGUCUGCACCCUCAUUGGGUCAAAAACGCAGGGCAUCUUUGAAGAAGAAACAAAGAAGAAAACGAAAACGCCAAGCCCUGGCCAAAGCCCAAGUCAGAGAAUCUGGUGAAAAUGGAGAAGAUGAUUCUCCAUCAGAGCAAGAAGAUGAUGAAGAGGAAAGGAAGGCUGAGGAAGAAAGACAGCGACUAGAACAGGAGUGGCUGGAGAGGGAGAGGCUGGCCCAGCAGGAAUUCAGACUCCGGUGGGAGAGGGAAGAAACUGCAAGGAAGAGACAGGCGGAAGAGGAGGCGAGGAUAAAGGAGGAAUGGGAGGCCCAGCAGAGGAGAGAGGAAGAGGAGAAGGAACAGAAGCAACAGGAGAAGAGAGACAGAGAGGAAGCUGUACAGAAAAUGUUGGACCAGGCUGAGAGUCAGCUGGAGAAUGGGGGUCCCUGGAGAAACCCUGAGGCUCCAGAUUUUGGCACGGAGCAAGACCGGGCUAACUGCCCCUUCUUCCUCAAAACUGGAGCCUGCCGCUUCGGCGACAGGUGCUCUCGUAAGCAUGUCCACCCCCCGUCCAGCCCUACUCUGAUGAUCCGGGGGAUGUUUGCGACUUUCGGGAUGGACCAGAGGUCACGGGACGACUAUGAUACAGACGCCUGUCUGGAGCACAGCGAGGAGGAGGUGCAACAGCAGUUUGUGGAUUUCUACGAGGACGUACUUCCUGAGUUCAGGACCGCUGGCAAGGUGGUGCAGUUUAAGGUCAGCUGCAACUUCGAGCCACAUUUGAGAGGAAAUGUUUAUGUCCAGUUUGAUACCGAGGAGCAGUGCAGAGAGGCCUUCAUGAUGUUCAAUGGAAGAUGGUACGCUGGUAAACAGCUCCAGUGUGAGUUCUCUCCCGUCACCAGAUGGAAGACUGCUAUAUGUGGUUUGUUUGACCGACAGAAGUGUCCGAAAGGAAAGCACUGCAACUUCCUGCACGUGUAUCGUAACCCUGGAAACGAGUUCUGGGAGGCGGACAGGGACCUGCACAUGUCCCCCGACCGGGGAGGAGGGGGUACCGGGUCUUUCGCUGGGGGCCGGUUCUCUGAGAGGAGUAACCGCUCCUCCUGGACUGAGAGGUCACAGAGCCGACGGGGGGAGAGGAGCAGGGAGAGUAGAAUAGCCCAAAGGAGAGCCAGUGUUCAGAGUGACAGGUCCUGGAUCAGUCGUACCAGUGCCAGACCCAGGUCGAGGAGUAGGGACAGAGAUAGGAGGGACAGGGACAGGAGUAGGGACAGAGACAGGAGUAGGGACAGAGACAGGAGUAGGGACAGGAGUAGGGACAGAGACAUGCGGUAUGGGAGCAAGAGAGAGGGGCGGAGGGGUUCACCCACAGAGUCUAGUAGGGGGACGUCCCACAGGAGAUCCAGAUCAGCCAGCCCCAAAGAGUCCUCCAAGAGGAAGAGACGUGGGAGCCCCAAGAAAACAUCCCAAGAAGACAAGCAGCCGGCCGACGACAGCAGCGCCACAACUCCAUCACGCCACAAACACUCCAAAAAAAGCAAAAAGAAGAAGAGCAAGAGAAAACGCAGGAGAGACAAAAAUAAUCAGUCGUUUGGGGGUCAGAGUUCAUCUGCAGAGUCAGGGAAUGAGAAACCCUCUCCAAACCUUGAUGAUGUAGACAGCAGUACCCAGACUCCUCAUGAUGUAGUCAACGCUACCCAGGAGACUGCUAGGGCAAAUGCGAUACUUAGUCUGUUGCCUAAGUGUGAGUCUGAGACUCUUGAUAAUGCAGUCACUUCAGACAUCCAGACCCAGGUCAAGGAAGAGGCUCCCUGUUCACCUGUUGUCCCUUCUCCUAGCCCUGGGAAUGUGGACAACAUCACUCAGACUCCUGGGGACACGGACAACAGUACUCCUGAGGCAAACGCACUCUCUCCAGACCUCCAUAGUAUCUUGCUCAAGCAGGAGUCUCCCUCUCCACCCAGUGUGCCUGAAGAGGAAUGUGAACAGGAGCGACCUGAGACGCUGCCUGAUUCCCCUGACGAUGAUGAACCAUAGUUGAAUUAAAUGAGUGUUCUCUAUGGACUUCACUGUGACUGCUAUGGCCAUUUUGAAGGGUACACUUCUGUUUAUGCAUUGACUGAUUUCAUUUCAAUGUUCACUGCUCAACCUAGCUUUCACGAAUGUUAGUUUGUUCCAAAUGUAAGAUGUGACCAUUGUGUAAAUUUUUUUAUACAUAAUGUAUAUUUUUAUUGCAAAAAGUAACUCGAGAGCAUUUGCUCUUUGACCUCGAAUUGAACCUUGUUUCUUGCACACACACUUGAGACAUUUUCUGUGGAAAAAAGCAAAAAAGGCCAAACAACCAUUCUGAUAAGCCAGAGACAUUUAUUGUUAAUGAUUUGCGGUGUUUGAGAGAACUAAAGUAGUGACAAUGUUGGCUGUGUUAAAAAUAAAAAAUAAAAAUGCAAUACUA